AUGAAGUCGCUCCGUGAACUAAUAGCCACUGGAUACACUGUUUUGUGUAAGUUGAAUCUCUAUCGUUCCAUAGUAAGUUCAGACGAUGUUGAGAAUGGAUAUCGACUUCGAAAUCAACUGAUUUCUACUCGACUGUUCAUCUGUUUGUUGAUUUUCUCAAUAAUUAUUCUUCUUGUUUACACAUCUCAAGUGCCAGUAACCUACACAGUGACGAUCGAUCAACCCACACUUGAAGAUUAUGCAUCUCUCUAUGAAAAACAUUCAAACACACUAAUUUGUCCAUGUACAACAAUUGCCAUAGCUCAAGAAACGUUUAUGACACUAAGUCCGAUAUUUCAUCAAGUUUGUCAUAGUGAUUUUAUCAAAAACAAUUGGCUAUCAUAUCUUAAUGCUGCUUCUGUUUAUCUGUUAUCAUCAGAUUUUCGAGUUACUGGAGGUUUAAUCUUUCAAAUUCUCGCUUCAUUUUGUCAACUUGCUCAAGAUACAAUUAAAAGUAGUUUACCGAAAUUUUAUUCCACCCGAUUUAUCUCAAACGAACUGUUAUAUGAAGAAUUAUUGUAUAAUCAAUCUAAAUCAUCUAUCGAUUUAUACAUAGCAGUUACUGCAGAAAGCUUUGCUUAUUUAUUCAAUCUCAUACGUGACACAGCUUUUGGGAAUGGUCUGGUUUCGGGUUUACUUACUAACUUCAAUUUUGAACUCACGGAAUAUAUCCCUCAAUUCUCCGGAUAUCGUGUAAUAUACAAAUCAAAGAUUUAUAAUCACCCAUACACAUGUAAUUGUUCUGUUACUCCAACGUGCAUUUCUCCUGUAGGAAUUUAUGACAGUACCACCCGAGAUGUCUUGUUCAUCAUACCUGGACUUUAUACCGGCUGUUUGUUGGUUGAAGCUGUUCGCCAAUCGAAUCUCCAAUGUUUGUAUAAUCAAACAUGCCUUCACCAAAUCGAUAAAUUUCUUCAAUCACCCGUAACUUUUCAUGUUACACCGCUGAAUACAUCGAUUCUCAGUCGUUAUAAUCAGACAACAAAUGUCAGCCAAGUUUUAGGCAAUCUUAUGAUUGAGUCAUGGAUUAAAAACAUUUCCUAUUCGUCAUACUAUAGCGAAUGCAAACCAAAUCAAUGUACUUAUACGGAAAUCGGAAAAAAUAAUGCUGUUUAUAUUGUCACGGCAUUGCUCGGUCUUUUUGGUGGACUCUACAAAACUCUUUAUUUUCUUGUGCCGAUUCUUGUUAAGAUCAUACGACGUCGACGAGGUAAGUUGAUAGUUUGUUAUUAUCUCAAUUCAUUCGUUGACGGUUCAAUUUAUAUCUUAGUUUCUGAAGACAAUGCACGCUUUACUGAGAAAUUACAAAAUUUUGUUAAGAAAAUAAUUGAUUUUCUUCGAACAUUGAAUCUAUUUUCAUCAUCACCACCAUCAGCAGACGAAUAUCAAUUAAAAACACAAAGAAUAUCCACGUUUACUUACAUUAUUAUGCUAUUAGUUAGCUUUUCUAUUCUAUUGAUACAUUCAGCGACACAAACUAUCACUCACACCAUAAUUAUCGACAGUCCAUCGUUCAGUGAGUAUCAAAUAUUGUAUAACCAACAAGGAGAAAGGCUUUCAUGUUCGUGUUCGUCAAUUACAAAUGAAUAUGAAGACUUUUCAUGGAUUAAACCAAUCUAUCAUCCAGUUUGUACCAGUGACUUUGUUGAUGACGAUUGGGUCAAUUAUGACGGUUCAUUUCGAAUGGAUUUGACUUCGUAUGACUUUCGUUAUCAAGCUGCAUUGAUAUUUCGUACACUGGCUUCAUUUUGCACACUUGCUAAUAAUUUUGUUUCUAAUUCGUUAAUCACUUUCAAUUCGACCGAAAUGGUUUCAAUUGAUCUACUUUCGGAAAAUUUAUUUCACGAAAAGGUUCAAUAUUUCUUUACGGAAUUCAUUCAAUCUACAACAAAAGCGUUCUCUUAUGACUUGAAUUUCAUUCGUUUAGUUAUUCAAUCCAAUUUGAUCAUCUCCGGAUUAAAUACAGACUCUGUCAGUUACUUUCACGGAACAUAUCCAGCACUUGAAUUAGGAGUGCAGUUAUUACCCUAUGCGACUUGUCGUUGUUUCUCAUCAACAAUGUGUUCAAUGGAAGCAUCAAUAUACUUUUACAAUGGCACACACAUUCUGCCGAUAUUCACAAUACCAGGAUUUCAUAUCGGUUGUUACAUUGACGAUGCAAUACGGAAAUCAACUUUAGAAUGUUAUUUCAAUCAAACGUGUGUCGAUUUAAUGAAAUUCCAUCUUAAUUAUAGUAAAUCAUUCGAUACAAAAUCUCUCAAUCCGAAUGAUAUUAAAACUCAUAAUGUAACAAGUGCAGUCGAUGAACUUUUUAGAAAUGUUAUGGUUGAACAAUGGUUAUCGAAUAAGUCCUAUAAGAAUUACUAUGAAAAAUGUCGUCCAACUUUAUGUUCGCAUGUGUUAGCGAUAAGAACACCUUUUAUUGUCAUUAUCACUACCUUAAUCGGACUUAUCGGGGGCUUAAUCAAAGUCCUACGGAUUAUUGUACCAUUUGUUGUACGAUCUUUGAGACAUCGUCGACAAGUUCAAGAUUCACAACUUCAUUGGUCGAUUUGUCUACGAUAUCUCUUACAAAAAGCUAUUCAUAGGAUGAGAUAUUUAAACCUAUUUCGUUCAUACAAUGUUGAGAAUGAAUAUCGACUUCGAAAUCAACUGAUUUCUACUCGACUAUUCAUCUGUUUGUUGAUUUUCUCCGUAAUCAUUCUUCUUGUUUACACAUCUCAAGUGCCAGUAACCUACACAGUGACGAUCGAUCAACCUACACUUGAAGAUUAUGCAUCUCUUUAUGAAAAACAUUCAAACUCACUCAUUUGCCCAUGUACAAAAAUCGCUAUAGCUCAAGAAACGUUUAUGACACUAACUCCGAUAUUUCAUCAAGUUUGUCAUAGUAGCUUUAUCGAUUCACGUUGGCGUACUGGUAUCGCAAAUACAAUACUACAAGCUAUUUAUACAUACAAUCGAGACUUUCGUUUACGAGGUUUGUCAGCAUUCAGUGCACUCGCAUCGGUCUGCUCCUUGGCUGAAAUCGACAUCUUCAACGCACUUCUUCACUUCAAUUCAACUACAUUCAUUUCAAACACUCUUUUAUCUAAAAGCACAUUGCUUGCACAAGCAAAUGCCAGUCUUGAUUUAUACGUCACUUCAAUGGCAUACAGUUUUAGUCGUUCAUUUGGAAUUAUUCGAGAUACAAUUCAAGGCAAUGGCUUUAUCUCAUCAACAUUAUCUAGUAUUACUCUUCGUCUUAUCUUAAACAAUAGAACAAAUACACGUGGUCCUAUCGGAUCAAUAAGUCCUCGUUACAAAACCUAUAAUAACGGUACAAACAUAUGUUCAUGUCAUGAUUCUGCUACGUGUAUUGAACAGCAAUAUGUUUAUACUACCGAUAAUUCUAAGGUGCCAACAUACAAAAUACCUGGAAUGGUUAUCGGAUGCUUUGGAUUCGAAGCGAUGUUACAAACAAACUUAUUUUGUUUUUUCAAUCAAACAUGUAUUGAUGGUCUUCGUAAAGCGAUCAAUUUCCAUAAAAAUUUCAGUACUGAAGCUCUUAAUUCAUCAGAGCUGAUCUAUUUUGAUGUCAAUAGCACCAUUGGAAGUAUGAUGGAGAAAGCAAUGAUAGAAAAAUGGAUUAGCCAUGUUAAUUAUACGAAUUAUUACAAUCAAUGUCAUCCGAUCUAUUGUAAGUACACAUAUGUGAAGCAAAAUGAUAUAAUAUACGUAUUUACAACAUUGUUUGCUUUAAUCGGUGGGCUUGCGAGUAUAUUUCAACUCUUGAUUCCGCAUUUUAUCAAAUUAGUGAGAUACGUUAUGCGCAAAUGGCGACAAAGACGUGUUACAACGAGUCUCGAAAAUUGA